AUGCCACCUCCUGUAGUAGCUGUGAGGAAGUUUGUGUUUAAGCAUGAACUUCCACCUGACUAUGUGCUUGACGACAUUAUGGACGAAGACCAUAGCAACAAGAAGUAUAGUCCUGCAGAUGAGGAGACUGUGAGUGCUGAGAGAACUGUGCCGGUGGUGGAGAUUACGGCGCAGGUGUUGUCGUUUGGCGCGCGUAGUUUUUGGGUUCAUCUCUCAGAGACGCGUGUGAGUAGUGAUGCCCCGCCGCCGGUGUUUGGCCCCUGCGCUGUGGCGAUUGCCGGCAUCUCUGCAGACGUGACAUCCACCGCAAUCAUAGAUGACGUGCCGCUCCCACUGCAGUCUCAACAACAACAGCAGCAGGAAUCCGGCUACGGGGCCCCAAACCCGCAGACGGUGUUUGCACAGAGUCUCGCGCAGCGCCUCGCACGGCGUUUGCAGAAAAUGUGCGGUACGGCCGUUACCGUUUACGUUGCUUGCGGUUUAACGGGUGAGAAGAUGGAACUUUUGGGCACACCGGCGGGAUGCAGUUUUGAUGUAACGAUGCGCUUUGGUGCUGCCGUCUUUCAGCACGUCCUCGAACUCAUCCGUGAGGAAUUAUUGCCGGCUGAUGGGACCGCAUUGAGUCCGUAG